AGCAAGUUCACCUUGUCGGUGAGCAUUGCGCGAGUGGACUUUGCCGUGCUGACGUUCACGGUACCAAACCCGUCUACGUGUCCUGCCUCCGGAGUUUCACCAUGGCAUCCCCCGAUCCUCUACGACGGCCGGUGGAUGGCCGUCGUAACGAUGAUUCCUGGGUUGAGAUCGCAUCGCAACCAUCGUCAUCCUCGUUGUCGUCGAUAGGAGAUGAGAUUGUAACUACGGGCCUCCGGGUCGGCAACAACUCAUACCCUCGAAGACGGAGACGAUCCCAACAGCAAGCACCCAUGCCUGCUUCUUUCAUCGUCAGCCAACCGAAUCCCCCUGCCGGGACGAGCAGCCAGGAUGAAUACGAUGAAACUGAGAGCGAGGAGGACAGAGUCAUGACUAGCUCGACAGAAGGCGUUCAUCCAGCAGCCAGCUUGCCCCGUCAACAGACUGCUUUCCGAAGCGGCCUACCAGUAGACUCGGAGGACGACUCGGAUGAUGAUGAAAAUGCGACUGCUCUCGGCCGGCCAACCAACACGGCCCGGGGUGCCUUUAGGCCGCAGCCGAACGCCUUCUCUCAUCCACCAUCCUACAUGAUGCAGCGCCACCAAUCCGCAAGUCCGUCCCACCCAUAUCAUCCCGCGCAAUCCCGGCCAUCCAUGCCAACCCGGUCGCAAUCCCGGUCGCAUCGUGCAUCGCACAACUUUCUGUCCCCAGCUCUGCAAGCCGACAACGACGCCGCGCUUCGUGCUUCCCUCACCACCCUCUUGUCAUGUGCCGCUGCCGCCCGCGGCCUUCCCAAGGGGGAAGAGGCAAGCCCAGGUCCUGCUGGUACCGGCGUAAUGCCCAGUUCCCAGCCAAUGGAGUUCCGCCUGGUGCCAGAGUCUGAACUCAUGGCCGAAGGUCCUUCCGGAAUAGGGCUGCCGCUCAACCAGGCCAAGGCACAACAACCAGCAAGGACCGCCUCCAACUCCAGUGCACCAAGCGCUCCGCGAUCCGCCAGCUCUGGCCGGGACCAGCAACAGCAGCAAUAUCAACAAGGUCUUGCCACAACCGAACGGACCAAGCGGGGAGCUAACCCUGCCUCGAAACCAGCGCGUACCGCGAAGAAGAGGAGGGCAAACUCACCCUCGCCAGCGGGGGUUGUGUCAGAUAACGAUGUCGCCUCCCCCUUCUUCCUAAGCCCGACCGUGUUGACAUGGGUGGUAAGCGCCGGCGUGGUAGUUCUCGUGUCAGUCGUCGGGUUCGGCGCCGGCUACGUCAUUGGACGGGAAGUCGGCCGACAAGAGAGCAGUAGCGCUCUAAGCCUGGCCUCUGCUGGAUCAGCGGCCUCGAACGCUUCUUCGAGCUGCGGCCAGGAGUUUGUGCGGUCUACGACGAGCGGAACGCUGAAGAGGUUUAGGUGGGGCUCGGUUGGAAGGAGUGUCGUUGCUUGAACGACGCAACGCGUUACGACUUUGACGAGCGGCAUGUCUAUCGAUCGGCUUCAAAGAUGAAAGGAAAAAAAGGAGGGAGAACAGAACUCCUGGUCAGCCAGCCAACAUGCUCUUGUACAACACGAGCUUCAUGAUUAUUAUCCACUAAAGCACUAACGAUAACGGCAACUGGCUGCUACCAACUACGGCUACGGCUACGGCGGGAAUUA